AGUUCCCGGAUCCCAUUAUCUCAGUGUUCAGCAGUAAUGGCGACUGGCAGGAGCAGGCCGCAGUUUCGGAAAUAAAGUACGGAGAUUUACCUGUUUCUUUUCACUUGGAGGAGACAAAAACUAUCACCAUGGUGUGCAAAAAGGAAGUAAUAGCUUGGUUUUGUGAUCUAACUGCAUCCCGCCGAAUAGACUUUCUUUGUGCGCUCAUGGACUGCUGCAGUCCCCUGGAAUUGCGAUUCCUUGGAACAUACGUUGAGAGUUUAGGGAGACGGGACUAUGAUCGACUUCGAGAGUCUGAACUUCAUGCAAAUGAUGUGUCAUAUUUGUCGAAACUCACAAAUAUUACUGACAUCAGGAUACUUGAUAAAGUACUAACAAGUCUUGCUUUAAUGAAUUCAAGAUGUACAAACGGUGCUACGGUGCUGUACCGAACGUUAAAAGAGCAUACAGACGCCAUCUUAUCGAAUGGCUUCAGAACUAGACAUCACACAGAGACGGAUGAGAAGGUCGUUCUUCUUGCCGUCAUUGCAGUCAAUCACCCCGCGUUCACGUUCAGUCAAAAGCAGGCACUAAGAUCCCAACUUUAUGCCCUACUCCAGGCUGUUGAGAGUAAAGUUGUGCCUGAGGUGGACGAAGUGGAAGACAAUCCAAAUACCACUGACAAUGUGACUUCCAAAGAAACCAAGGAGCAGCUUGUGAGUGCCUCGACUUCAAACUCUGAUAACAGGGAUGCUGAAAAGGUGAACCAUAGCCAAGAAUCACCACCAGUUCAUAUAAAAGCCAUUGAGGUCAAGGGACUUAUAAAUCGCCAAAGUGACAAACGUCUUGAAUAUACUUUCCAGGUUCAUUGGUCGGAUUCUACUGUGUCGUGUGUGAGUAAAACACAUGCUCAGCUCUUUGAUUUCCAGUGCAAGCUUGUUCAACUGUUUCCUGAUGAAGCCAGCACUGAACAACAGGAUAGGGUUAUUCCUUAUAUUCCAGCAGGAAAGAGGAUUUUCAGCAUGACCCCACCGGGCGAACAGGGAGAGAAGACUCAAACUGAAAUAGUGGAAUAUACCAAACAAUUGUCAGCCUUGCCUCCGCAUAUACUCCAGUGUGACCAUGUGAUACAGUUCUUCUGCUCUAACGUGUGCGAUGGCAAUAGCUGUGGUAUGCAACAAGACGCCAGCCAUCAUCGCUGUAUGUCUCCCACAGCCCCACCUGCUGAUAAACCAAAGCCACCCCUUCCAGCGGUCCAGCUGCCAGCCCUGGUGCCCAACCCGGCUGAACUCAACAAGCAGCUAGAGCAGUUUGCAGCCGGUAUGAACAAGACACAGGUGUUUCCCACCGCCGCCUUGGCUCAGAUGCAGCAAUCUAUCCAACCACACUCCAUGCAACAAGUGCUACAACACCAGCAACAACCGUCCAUUCACUUACGACAUCCACAGCCGCAGCAGUUCCCCAACGUGCACAUACAGCAGCAGCAUCAGCAGCAGCAGCAUCAGCAAUCCCAACAUAUUAAGGGUCACGUCUCACCGCACCCUCACCUCUCGCCGCAACACCCCCACAUGCAGAUGCAGUCCCAUGCCCAUAUACAGUUGCAGCAACAGCAGCAACAACAGCAACAAGUCCAGCAACAGCAGCAGCACCAUCACCACCAUCCGCAGUUGCUCAGCCCCGGUAACCCCCAGUUGCAGCAACAACAAGUACCACCCCCACCACAACAACAGCAACUACACCAACCACCGCCACCUGGCACGCCAACUCACAACCUCACUGCCUCCGUCAAUCAACUCCACAUCUCACAACACCACCACCAAGUCAACCUUCCCGCGUCAGUGCAAGCUCACAAUGGCAGCGGCCCUAACAGUGAAGGCGCAACCAACAAUACAAACGGUGGUGGCGGCAACAUGUCUAUGCCUUCCAACAACAACUCAAUGGUAACUGCGACAGUGACGACCACCAGUGCUGGCAACAACUCUGUGUACUAUCAGACUGUGUCUAGUAUGGUCUUCAUUCCUACUCCUUCAGAGCAGUACACAAAUGCAGGAAGCAACUCAGAUCCUGUAGCUGUGUCGCAGCAGUCCUAUAAAUCAGUGCAACCAAAGCCCCCACAGAAUUGGCCUCAGUCAUUCACCCCACCAGGGAACCCUCCCACCCACACCGCUUCGCUGUACGCCUCGGCACCGUCCACCACCCACGUGUGCAUCUCGCCCCUCCAGUCCCCCAUCUUCCGGUAUCCAGUACCCCUGAACUCCCCCCAGGCUGGCCUGGUACCCUCGGGUAGGGACGCGGUUGCCCCCAUCAUCCAUGAGUGGCUCAAGAAGCAGCGGCUCCACAAGUAUGCCUACCUCUUUGAAGGGAUGAGCUUUGAUCAGGUGCUAAAACUUUCUGAUGAACAGAUUGAUCGUUGGAAUAUUGUCAAAGGUGCAAAAGGACGUAUCAAGACCCAACUAGAACAACUGAGAAAAAAUGACCUGCAUCUGUACAAUGGGCUGAGCCCUCAAGCCAUGGGGAUGCACCCCAACAUGGGGGUCACCCAUGGUUUCUUCAUGCCCCCUCCACCGCCUGGGUCUGCCGGCACCAUGAUGCCGCACAUGGCUGCAGCUCACAUCUUAAGCCUACAACAGCAGCACCAGCAGCCUGGAGAGCUCACCAGUUCGGAGUGCUCCUCACCGCCUUCCAGCCCCAGAGACAGCUCGGAUGAAAACGAUCGAGAUUCUGAAGAAAGUGAAAGUUCUGCUACGUCGUGUGCUGAGACUCUCCAGAAUCAAGCCAUGGGGAAAGAAAAACCUGCUGGUAUGCAGUCACCUCAAAGCAGCCCCAGGGAGCAAGUGGCCAUGAUCCGCAACCAGCCAUCAGCUACAUCUCUCCCCUACAGCCAGGUGGUCAAGUCUGUAGGUGUAGAUGCUGGCAGGCAAGGUGACAGGUCUCCGAUUCCUCCUGGAGAUCUACGACAGGUCGCUGUUAUACCUCAGGCUGGGACUCUCAUAAGUCCCAUGCAGCAACAGCAACAGCAACCCACCAACAACGACCCACAGCAGCAACUUCAGCUGCAGCUUCUGCCACAGAAACCCCACAUGCAGCAGCAACCGCCACAACAAAUGCAGCCGAGGAUGAAUGCCAUGCCGUCCCAGCCUCUGCAACCCACGGUGGUGAUGGGAAAGCAGCUGCCGCAGGUUGUUAGUCCUGAUGGUAGCUCUGGACAGCUGCACCAGUUGGACAGUCCCGUAAUAGCAGGUGCAGCCUUCACGCCACACAUGUUCCAUAUCAAGCAGGGCAACAACAAACAAAGCGUUCACACAGUGCAGUACAUACAAGGUGAUGGGGAAGGUGGAGGGGCCUUCAGGACGUCUAAGGUGGUAGUGCAGCAGGCUGUUGGUGGAGCAAGGGGGUCCUUAGCUUCACCGUCCCCUCCUAUACCUGCAGGAACCCUGCAGACAAGGAAUGAUAUCCCCAUGCCAGUCAUGCCACAGCAUCCACAGGCCAACCCUACCUCCAAGACUGUUCACAACCCUGGCCCUGUCCAGCUGAUACCAAAUCCCCUGCAUUCCCUCACGCUACCAGCGACCGAUGGCUACAUAGCACCCACUUCAGUUACUUACGUUACCACGUCCAAGCAAAGCCUGGGGGUGAGUUCUGACAGCACACCUUGCAACAAUAACCUAGCCAGUUACAACAGCUGCACAUCAUGUGGCUGCAAUGGUCAGUGUGGUCAAGCCAACCAUCAUACUUCCACCAUUGCACCCAGCAGUAACAGUAAUGGCAACAGCAGUAUCAGUAGCAGCAACAACAUCAACCUGUCGUCAUCCUCCUCCCACAUGGUCCACUUUAACCAUCCUGCAACAUACAUGGCCAGUCCCAACCAGCUCAACUUCCCCAACUUCUACCACCAGGGCAACAUGAUGCCUCCAGGAACCCCCAACAGCAUGAUGGGGAACCCCCCUCCGCCGCCCAACAUGCCCCCCAGCAACGGCCCUCGAUACCCCCCUCCCAUGCCACCCUCGCCCCUCCAGGGUGCCUUGCAGGACAUGAUAUAUGGAGGGAACCCACAGUUUGGCAUGAUGCCACCUGGUGCUCAGAUGUAUCCCAGUGGACUUGGUAUGGGCCAUAGAGGCCAUGGGAUCCAUGGUGGAGGGGGAGGAGGAGGAGGAGGGGGAGGGGGAGGUGGAUCUAAGAAAGGACAGAUGACCUGCUUCAACUGUGGUGGCCAGGGACAUCGAGCCAGCGAAUGCAGAGAAGCCACUAUGGAGUCCAUUACACAUAAUAGUCACUACCGGCUGAAUUACAAGUCGUCAACGUCCGACAUAGGUGAGAAUACAUCUGAUAGCUAACACAGGAUCCACCAACCCUACCCUACCCCGGGUAACGAUUCCUUCCAAUGGAUAGGUCGUCUUUGUGCUUUUCAGAAUCCUCUGGACUUCUCCUAACCACCAUUUUAUCAUGUCAUGUCUUGCUCGAAGCAAGGGUACUUUUUUAAAACGCUGACGGAAGAUUUUUUUUUGCCAGUAGUAUUUAUUUGUCUGUGCAGUAUUCCACAUGGCGAGUGUGAGAGCAUUGCACCUCUGUUGACUUUUCUCGAGAUAUUCCUCGUACGUGGUAAAGAUUUUUAUUGGACAGUUCGAGAGAUGAUAGUUCGAGUGUGAGCAAUAUUAUUUGAAAGGUGCAGAUGAUUCAGAGAUUCAUGCAAAGUUGAUUAAGGUAUCUGAUUUUUUUUAUUUUUAUGAAUUGAUCUCUUCAUUUUAUAAAAGGAAACAUCUUGAAAGAAUCAUGUCUAGUUCUUAGUGUUGAAUAUAAAAAGACUUAUUUUUAGUGUAUACUGUCUGUCAACAGACCUGGGCAUUGUUAGAUAUAAUUCCAUUGUGUUGUUACUUUAAAGACCUGCACAUUAAAAAAAGGCAGCCAUGCAAUAUCAUUGACAAUCACUUUAAUUUUCUUCUGUUAUUUAAAAAAAAAUCAUCACCGGUAUUGAAGACAUGUCAGAAAAAUCACUGUUGAUAUAUCAAGAUAUUAAAUUCAAAUUUCAUUUUUUUUAAUUUGUUAAACGUAAUCAAAAGACAAUCAUAGUGACCUGAUACUGAAAGAGCCAGAUGUUUUGGAGUUCAUUAUACUUCCACGUCUGAACACAUGCAUACAUGUACAUGUUAUCUUUCAUCAUUGCUGCAUCUACAUUCAAUCAAAACACCCUGUAAUGAGAGUCGUUGCCAAAUCUAUUUGCAUCUUUCGCAAGGAAAUUUCGUAUAUUUUGUAAUAUGCCAGGCUUGAAAUUACGGUUUGUACAUUUUUCUAUUAUUAAUAUGAGCCAUAUUUGUUGGAUUACUUGUACAUUAUAAUGGCUAUUAAAAUGAAAAUGGAACUCAAUGUUUAUACCAAUACAUGACCUAUGACCUUUAAGCUCAUUGAUUUAUAAAAAAUAACUUAACAGUAUUCAUAGUCUUCUUAUUCCAGAAAGAGGCUGUAUUCGUAUAUAUAUUUGAAAUAAUGUAUGUAUCAGAAAAAGACAAAUGAAUGUAGGCACUGUCAUAUUAUCCUGCGAUUCUGACAUCCCUAAAAUUUGUGAUAUGAUGACUUUCAGUUUCAACACCAGGGACCCGUUUCACAAAGCCUUUUUUCAAUGACAAAUGACAAAAAUCAGUGAUAAAUCUGCUGCUAACCAAUCAGAAGCAAGGAUUUCAGUAGCUUAUAACAAAAACUGUCAUUUGGCACUGAUGACAAGUUUUGUGAAACACCCCCCAGUUCAAGUGUGUGUCAUUCUACUUAAAUGUCGAUAUUUAUGGGUAUCAAGGCAUAUAGAGUGCUUGAAUCUAGUUCUCAAAAUGAACAGUUUUUAUGAGGCGUGCAAGGUAUGAU